UACGCAGAGAUGGGUGGUAAGCUGUUCUCACUUAUGUGCCACAGGACAGAAACCAUCUGAGGGGAUGACGCUCUGACGUGACGUUUACAAUACAAAGUGCGGCUUAAAAUAAAUCUGGACCUUUUUUUUUUUUUUUUUUUACGGGAUAGACGCCGAGGACCUGGAACUGAGGGUACCCCUAACCCUUUCGAGAGUCGUUAAAAAAGUUUUAGAAAAGUUUGGGGAAGGACCGCGUUGGAAGCGUUGGGAGAUGUCGGAACCGGAGAAGAAUGAAAACAUUCCUGAAGCGUCGGCAGGAAAAGGAAUUCCAAACCGCGGGAAUGCAGCAAAAAGCAAAGAGGAUUUUGACUUGGCUGCCAUUUAUGUGUCAGACGCCCAGUACAACAGAAAUAUCUACUUUGACACAUCACCUCAGGCUGUCAGACUAUAUAUACUUUAUAACCACUGGGCCCUUAAGGUACUCCUCUACUUCUUCAUCCUGGUCAGUCUGUGUCUGGCCAUCUUCGAGGAGCCGGCUGUGUGGCCUCUGCCUGUGUGGGCCACCAUGCUGGUGGAGGUACUCUGUCUGCUCAUCUUCACCAUUCGACUUGUUCACUACGCCAAGGUGAUCCCUCGGGACAAGUUCUGGAAAGAUCCCAAAAAUAUCUGCAUCAUUGUCAUCCUCAUGCUCACCUUGGUUGAUAUGGUCAUUUAUGGAGCAAUGAAAUCUGCAAACUAUUAUGGUGUCCGCUGGUCCCGAGUCCUGCGGCCACUCCUACUGGUCAACGUCACAGAGGGACGUCAGCUCCGCAGGGCAUUCCGAAGUAUUCGGAAUGCCCUUCCUCAGAUCUUCUAUGUCUUCCUGCUCUUCAUGUUCAGCAUCCUUAUCUUCUCCCUCAUGGCGCUCAAGCUGCUAGGCAAACGAGGUUUGAAGAACAUAGAUGGAAGUCCAUAUUUCACCAGCUACCUGGAAAUCAUCUUUGAACUGUAUGUUCUCGUCACCACGGCCAACAGCCCCGACAUCAUGAUGCCAGCUUACAAUGCCAGCUUCAUCUUUGCAGCCUUCUUCAUUUUGUACAUCCUCAUCAACACGUACAUCUUCAUGUCGGUCUUCUUGGCUGUUGUAUACAACAACUACAAGAAGUAUCUGAAGGAGGAGAUACGGCAGCUAGUGAGGGCCAAGAGGCACAAGAUGGUGCGAGCAUUCGCUGUUCUGCAGGAGCUGAGGGAGGAGGGCGGCGAGCCAGUGGUGACCCGGGCCACCUGGAACCAAGUGGUCCAACUGGUCCAACCCAACCUCAGUAACGCCCACAGAGAGCUGCUGUGGAGCGUCUCUGAUGACAAGAACCAAGGGGCUAUCGGUAAGGUUGCAUUUGUCCAGCUGGCUGACCUCCUAAAUAUUGAAGUAAUAACGCUGAAGUCAAGACCUCAUCCGCUUCAGUGGUUGUGCCCCACCCUCUACCAGUCAGCCCCCAGCCGCCUCCUGUGCAGGAUGGUCCAACACCGGGCCUUUGUCAUAGUAUAUGACCUGAUCAUCCUGGUAAACGCCGUUUUCAUUGGACUCGAUGAGGGGAAUCCAAUGAUCGCUAACUCUGAGUGGGUUUUCCUGGCUCUGUAUAUUCUGGAGAUUCUGCUGAAGCUCUAUGUGUUUGAGCCCAGAGAUUUCUUCUCCAAGCACAGUUUCUGGAACUGCUUAUCUACAUCCCAAAUUAUAAGCACGAGGUUUGACACAGUCGUUGUCAUCGCUGCUCUUAUUGCUACCAUCAUAAACUCUGCAAUGAAGACAUCAAAGGAUUUCUCCAGCCAGCAAAUCCUGGACAUUGUCUUCAUUCUGCGUGUCCUCAGAUUGGUCCGGGUGGUGGACAGCAUCAAAAGGUUUCGUACGAUCAUCAACACCCUGAUCAGGAUUGGACCGGCAAUCCUCACAUUUGGACAACUCAUCCUUGUGGUGUACUACAUCUUUGCCAUGGUAGGAAUGGAGCUCUUUAAAGGGAAGGUGACGUUUUAUGGGCAGAGCUCGACCGAUCCAGCAAAGGCGUAUUGUGGAAAUCCUCUGCUGAACGGGACAGACUUUGCAAAGCUCAACUACUGCAAGAAUAACUUUAACAAUGUGGUCUCCUCCUUCAUCCUGCUGGUGGAGCUUACUGUGGUCAACCAAUGGCAUGUUCUCAGCAGCGGCUUCGUCACAGUCACCCACAUUUCAGCCAGAAUCUUUUUCGUCCUCUUCCACAUCAUAGUCGUCAUUGUCAUCCUCAAUAUCUUCGUGGCAUUUGUCCUUGAGGCGUUCUUCGUGGAGUACUCUGUGGAUAAAAGUGACCUGCAGACGUCUUUGGAGAGGAAGAUUGAGGAACUAGAACUUGCUGUGGCACAGGAGAAGUUGGAGGACAACUUGGUGAAUGCCAUGGAAACUAUUGACAAUGACUUGGGAACCAGUCAGUCAGCAAAACCAAACUUACCAUCUCUGAUGUUUAAAAUUGCUUCAAAAAGAUAUCGGACGGUGGAUGCCUUGUUGCAGCGGAUAUUUGAGUCCGAUCUUGACCCUGAAGACUUUGCUGAGAACGAUGAUCCUGAAGCUCAGAGCAGUGGGAACUUUGCAAAUCCGAUAUUUGGCUCUACAUAAGCAUUUAUAAACAUUUAUGAAGGGAAGCAGGUUAUAUACAGCAAACCGUAGUUUCACACUCGGUAUCAUUUCGUUGUACCAGAAAUGCUGAUGUCGAUCCAGUGCAGUGUGUUAAGAGUAUGAUCGGGUCCUGAUCAGAGUCUGUAGUUAUAUUUUUAUAUUUCUGUCCUGUAGCUGUGUACCAAUGCAACAAAAUCUGUAUUUUCACAUAAAGAAUAUUUACACAGAAGUCUGAUUUGUACUAAAUGUUUUUAAUCUUGAUUGU